AUGGCUUGGAAAAACGCAUCGAUUAGACCUCCUGGGACCUCGGCUGCCCCACCUGUAGUAGGAACCUCGAUUGCUCCACCAGCACCGGCGAACGUCAAUCCCGCCGCAACGAUUUUUGAUCCGAACGACGCUGUCAGUCCCUAUUUCUUGCAUCCGAACAAGAAUCCUUCACUAAUUCUGGUCUCAACUGUUCUCAGUGGCCAAAAUUAUCACCCUUGGGCCAGGGCAAUGGAGAUGGCAUUGCAGUCCAAGAACAAAUUAGGGUUUGUGGAUGGCACAAUCCCCAUACCAAACGUAGGUGAAGUGAAAUAUCCUUAUUGGAGGAGAUGCAAUAAUAUGGUGGCAACCUGGAUUAUGAGAGCCAUUUCCCUAGAGAUCGCAUCAACACUUCUUUGGGUUGGAUCAGCUGAACGCAUAUGGAGCACACUAAGAGCCAGGUUCAGCGAAGCAGAUAUCUUUAGAAUUUCAGAUCUACAUGCUGAGAUUCAUCAGAUCAGACAAUGUGACUUAACUGUGAGUGCUUAUUUUGCAAAAUUGAAAAAUCUAUGGGAUGAGCUCCAAGUCAUCAGGCCCUUGCCUACAUGGCUACAUGCAAGUGUGAUAAAAUGUGUGAUUUCGGAUUAUUGGAGACUUUGCAGCAGCACCUAG